AUGUGGUAUAGCCCGGGGAUCAAGCUGGCUGUGUUCUUGGAAGACCGAUAUCUGACGGGACAAGACGCUCAGUUCGUUGACCUUGUUACAGAGGACUUGGAGAGAUUUCUUGAGGUUGGAGAUGAAACAAGAGUGUUGGUAUUCCCAGCAGUGAACAACUUCCACCGUUUCCUGAUUCACAAGACAGUUGAUGACUUCUCCUCGCUGGCCAGCUACUCUGUGGGGCAGGGGGAGGAGCGCAGGACUGUGGUCUGUUUCCUGUCCAUCAGGAAGAUGCCAGGGGAAUUAGAGCCAUCGAAAGAGAAGAAAAUGGCACAAGAUUGGCGCAGGGGUCAAAGGGCACAAGAGUUGGAUUGCGAAGAUGACCGGACACAGAGCAUGCCCAGUAGAACCUCAGCCGGAACAUCACAGGCUGAGACUCCUGCUCGGACUAGAGACAGACGAACCAGGAGACCAGAGGUACAGAUGUAUGUGCCCCGCCCCAUGAGAAACAGGCUGAAGAAACAAGAGGACACCAUCAACCCACCAGGGGCAGGUUCUGCUGACGCUAACCAAUCAGGAAAAGAAAGGGGAGCAUCUGAAAUAAAAGACAAGAAGACAAGACAGCAAAGUAAAGGUAGACAAGAGCGAGAAACUUUAAAUGAAAGAGGAGAAAAAUUUCAGAAGAGUCACAGAGAAAGCACGCCAACGAGAUCAAAGAAACACAGAUCAGCUAAGGAGCACACACAAUGCAAUGACAGAGGGAAGAUAGAUGAUGGACUAAGGCAGAGGGAGACAAAAGAACUAGCUAAUGUAAAACCUAACUCACACAGGAAUGACAGACAAGUAUGUAGAAAAGAGAGAGAAAAUGUCAAGAAAACAGCUGAGAUUGCAAGGUCAACAGAAGAAGAACUGACACAGCCCUGUGCCGUGGCAGCAGCUUCCUAUUGUGAUGAAACAGAAACUCUGCAAAAUUCAAAGCAUUUGCACCUCCCUGAGCAGAUGGUAGCAUUCAAGGAAACUCCAGGGAAAGAUGAGACAAAGGAUGUUUCAAAUGUGUACUCACUUGAAGAACGGCAAGUCAUUGAAGAUUCCGACACUUUAAGACAAGAGAAUGUUAUCGGUUCCACUGGUUCUAAAUCUGCUGAAGGUACUUCCUCACCCAAAGUCCCAAAUAAUGAAGGACAGAGUUUCUCUAGCUUUGACAUGCAAAGAAAGGCUACCUCUGUGUCUACAGAUGUCAGAAUGUCUUUUGAGGAUGAUUCAGGAAAGACAGAAUUGUGUAAUGAAGUAGUUCUAAAGGAUCGACUCACAGAGACUAAAAAUCUGUCCAGCAAAGAGUACCAAGGUGAUCAGUCCCACGCACCUGAGCAAACAUUUAAUGGCAUUGAUAUUGACAGUGGUCUAACUGUAACAAAAGGAAUAGAGACAGAGGUGGAAGCAAACCUGGCACCACCAGCUACAUCCACACAGCUGGCUGGAGACAAAACUCCAAAUAUUAAACAUGUUCCUGCUGACACCAGAAAUGUUACUGACGGUGAAGAUAUGACGCCUGGUAGUGAAACUCCUUACCCAGAAGAAAUAGCUUCAAGCUCAAGAGCAGGGGAAUACACUGGUCUCACAGACAAACAAAAUUCUGACUAUACUGAAGAAAAUACACCUCCAGAACUAACACCACCAGAAAACAGCCUUGCUCAGAAAAGCCCCAGGUAUCAUGAAAAUGAUGAUGAGGAUAACAGUGAGGAAUUCUGGGAUGCAGCAAUGGAUCCUGAAGAUGAUGAUGUCAUGACAGGAGAGCAGGAGGCCAGCUGUGAGGAUGGACAGAAGGGCGUGGCUGUUGCCAUGGAAACAGAUGAAGACAGCUGGGAUGCCAUGUUUGAUGAUGAUGGGGAAUGUCUCAAUCCUGAUCAGAUGAAAGAGUUACUGGCGGGUGUUAAGACAGUUAAGGUGACAACACAGAAACCUAAACAUGACUACUGGAACUGGAAACCCAAGGAAGUCCAGCUGGAGGAAGGAUAUGAACAUAUUGUGGAACUAUCUGACUUUCCAUCUGAAUUCAAGACACCAGAUCUUGUCUCCGCCCUGGCAGAAUUCCAAUCUCAGGGCUUCAACAUAAAGUGGGUGGACGACACUCAUGCGUUGGCAGUGUUUUCCACAUGUGCAGUGGCAAGAAGAGCUUUACAAAUAACAAACCCACUACUAAGAGUUAAGCCCAUGUCUGAGGCAACUGAACAGUCUAAGAAAAAGGCCAAGAAUUGUGCAGACGCUUCCAGCUUGGCUCUCAUCUCCCUGCGUUUCAUGAUGCGGUGGUACUGCUUACCAUUCACAUACAGGGGCUCUUCUUCUGGAUCCCAGCCUGUAGUCUGCCUCACUGCAGUCAUGUGGAGUUGUGCUGCAGUCAAGCUGACUGCAGAAGUGCAGCUGAAUGGCAACAGGAAGGUGUCUGGUAUCCUGCGAGGGUUCGACCCCUUCAUGAACCUGGUGAUUGAUGAGUGUGUGGAACUCCGAGGCAACGAGAGGCAGAGUAUCGGCAUGGUGGUGAUUCGUGGCAACAGUAUCAUAAUGUUGGAAGCCCUAGAAAGAGUUGUCUGAGCUUACGCCAUGGAGACGCUAUGGUGGAAGGGUUUCAGCAUUCAAGGGGCCAACCUGGAACAGACUUUAGUACUUUACUCCUUAGUUAGAUCUUGCUAUGGACAAUAUUGCUAACAUUCGCAUUGUGUUUAGUAACUGUACUUGGAUACUGUACAAAUUUUUGACAAGAAGGAUCCUAGGAAUUAUGGAAUUUAGUUUGUUCUUUCUUGUUUCAAAUCAGAAGAUCAUGUAAAACCUGAUACAGUUCUACCGAUAGUAGAUCAUGGAUGAAGAUAAACUGUACAUGUCAUCAAUAACUUCUGUGUAGAAGAGCAGUCUUCAUGUUUAAAAGUAGAGAAGUCUAUUUUAGCUGUAUUUUCAUUGUCGAGUAUUAGAAAUGCGUAAUUUUCAAGAUAUCACUGUUCCAAGUUGUUUGCUAUGGGUUUUUUGUGUACAUGAGGACGUUUAAGAUAUGUUUUUGUAUUGCUGUAAACUUACCAGCAAGGACGUUUGCUUAAGAAACUUGAAUUGUACCACUUUUGAUACUAGUACUUGAAGAGAUGUAACCUUAUGGGCAUAUUUUAAGUACAAAAAUGGUAUGACAA